AGCAGCGCAUCUCGUCUUUAAUCCAGUGUGACGUUUUCGAGUCAACAUGAGAGCAACUUUGUGCGUGUGUUUUUUAGCCCUGACUGUAGCGUGUGUGUCUGCUGUGACAAUUGGCACAGAGAUGCACUGUGAGGAUGGCGGCCCCUCCGACCACACACCCACCUCAGUGCAUGAACUCAGGCCAGGAGAUAUCCAGGUGGUUGCUGCCGUGGGAGACUAUCUGACAGUGGAGAACGGCAUGUCUUUAAACCAAGACCCUUAUGAUCACAUGAUUAAGCACAGAGGUUUAUCAUGGAGUAUCGGCGGUGGUGGAAACCUUACAACUUUAACAACUCUGCCCAACAUCUUGAAGCAGUUCAAUCCCAAUUUGACGGGCUUCUAUGUUGGGAUGAGAAAAGACAACACACAUCAGGUCUAUCAAAGAUUAACAAGCUGGUUCCUGUUACGUCAAAUGCGCUCCCUGGUGGACAGAAUGAAGAAGGACUAUGCCAUCAACUUUGAAUUGGACUGGAAGGUGAUCACUGUCUUGAUCGGUGCAAGCGACAUCUGUGAACAUUGCUACCAAGCUUCAUUAUUCUCUUCUUUGGUGUACAAGGACAAUGUCCAAAGAAGUCUGGAUUAUCUACAUAAAGAGGUGCCCCGGGCUCUGGUCAACUUAAUAGAACCCGUCUCAAGGACGCCUGUGAGCGAAUUGAACUUGGACACUUUGCUGGAGUGCCCGACCAGGCUUGUCAAAGCUCAGUGUCCUUGCGUUGUCUUACCAACGGCCAAUCUCACAGCUUUGCACAAGACAGAGGAGCGAAAUAGGAAAUAUCAGCUGGCACUGAAGAAACUUGUCGAGUCAAAACGUUACGACACUCGCCCCGACUUCACUGUGGUCAUCCAGCCUUUUUUCAGAGAAUUCACCAUUCCCAGACUACCGGAUGGCCGCCCAGACCACUCCUUUUUCACUGACUGUUUGUACCUCAGCCAGAAAGCCCAGACUCAGAUAGCUCGCGCCCUGUGGAACAACAUGCUGGAAAUGCCAGGGAAAAAGACGAUCAUACAGGAUUUAUCCACAGAUAUUGAACUGAAAUGUCCGAACAAGACUUCCCCAUACAUCGGAACAUAUCGCAACAUGAAUCACACAUACGUUGGUUCUACCACGACACCAGCACCGAAACCAACCAGUCACUUCGUCUUCACCAGUGUCAACAGUGGCCCACCUCCACCUGUGAUGACCGCGACAGUGCGCCCCCCUACCACGACCACCAAUACUACGCUCACUUCCAUCAGCACCACCGACCCCCCUACCACGACCACCAAUACUACGCUCACUUCCAUCAGCACCACCUACCCCAACAGUACUACUCAAACAGUUUCCAUACCCACACACCAGCUGGGUUGGGUCACAGUCACUGCGGGACUUCUUGUGUUCGUGGUGUGCAUCGGCAUUAUCGGGUUUAUUUUCUGUUUUGUGCGGAAUAAGAAACACAAAAGAGAAUACACAGUGGAAAUGAAAAACACAAAACCUGUUGCAUGAUGUUAUAUUUUUUGUAUAAACUCCAAUGCAGUUCAAAGAGCAUACAAGUUAAUAAUAUUUGUAAAUGGAAGUUUGCAUGGAAUAUUUUUUUCACUGUUUUUUUUUUAGUAUUUUUUCGUUAUUUGAUUAAGUAACGAAGGUUCAUUGUUAUUACUGUAAAGAGGCUGACUUUAUCCCCAAAUUAUAUCCCACUGGAGGGGCAUUUACUAUUUUUUGUACUGCUAGUUGAUGUCAAAUAUUGAAAUGUACACUUUGCUUUCCUAAAUGUAUCUUUUUUUGUUUUUACUUGUCUUAGGCUGUUUUGAUUUGCUAUUAAAAAUAAGAUCGUACACGAUGCAA